GCCUUCGUUUCCGGCCAGGCCGGGAGUGCGGGCGGAAGCCUCGCGACGAAGCUCUCCCGUCCCUCCGCCAUGGCGUCCGGCUGCCGCGUCGGCCCCUCCAUCCUCAACAGCGACCUGGCGGCCCUGGGCGCCGAGUGCGGCCGGAUGGUGGAUUGCGGAGCCGACUACCUGCACCUGGAUGUAAUGGACGGGUAACUGCGCCGCGGACCGCGAAGGGGAGGCCGCCCCGGAGGGGGCGCGGAGACGAAAGGGGGAUCGGAAACCAGAGAGGGGGAACACGGCGGGGGGCGCGCAGCCCGCGCUUCCGGUUAAAAUGCCUGGCGCCCCCCCCGCGACAGUCCUGUAGAUUUAAUUUUUUCUUAGGCUGCUUAAGACAUACAGUACCUAUUAAGAGAGUAUGCGCAUUCCAGUCUAGCAAAUCUAAUAUAGUCAAUCUGCCUCAUAAUCUACUCCAUUCAAUCUAAUCCAGAUUCAGGUAGGUAGCCGUAUUGGUUGGUCUGAUGCAGUCGAAAUUAAAAAUUAAAAAAUAGUCCAGUAGCACCUUAGAGACCAACUAAGUUGUUCUGGGCAUAGACGUUUGUGUGCAUGCACACUUGAGAUACGAAAGCUUAUACCCAGAACAACUUAGAUGGUCUCUAAAGUGCUACUGGACUAUUUUUUUACUUUUUUUUUCAAUCUAAUCUAAUCCAAUCCAUCUAAUCUGAUUUUGUUUAUCUGGUAUUUAAUAGAAUCAACCGAUUUAAUAUAAUCAGCUAAUCAUUUUUUUUAAUAAUCAACCAACCUAUAUAUUAAUCUACCAGGUCUGACCCAAUCCAUUAAUCUGAUUAUAUCUAUCUAAAAAGGUAAAGGGACCCCUGACCAUUAGGACUAUUAGGGGUUUCGGCGCUCAUCUCGCCGUGGGAGCCGGAGUACAGCUUCCAGGUCAUGUGGCCAGCAUGACUAAGCCGCUUUUGGCAAACCAGAGCAGCGCAUGGAAACGCCGUUUACCUUCCCGCUGGAGCGGUACCUAUUUAUCUACUUGCACUUUGACGUGCUUUCGAACUGCUAGGUUGGCAGGAGCAGGGACCGAACUACAGGAGCUCACCCCAUCGUGGGGAUUCGAACCGCGACCUUCUGAUCGGCAAGUCCUAGGCUCUGUGGUUUAACUCACAGCGCCACCCGCGUCCCUAAUUUUACAUUAAUCCCUGAUUAAUUUCAAUUUGCUGUUUCCAUAGAGCUUUUAAUAAAGUUCUUUGAUUUUCUGUGGAAAUAGUUAAUCCACAUUAAAUGGAAAAAUCAUAUAGGAUAGCAUUUUGAUGAAAAUGUUGUGUGAAUGCUGCAUAAAAUCUGCAUGCAUGCACCAAAUAAAUAAAUUGUUAUGUGGAAGCACCACAUACAUAUUUGCUCCUUCCCGUCUUCCUUGCAGGACUAGGAACAUUCUUGGUUAUAUUAGUUAAGUGUAAAAAAAGUGGUGACUUGUGUAGCUUUUUUCUUUAAAAUUAUAUAUUAAGUAUACAAAAUCUUUAAAUGUGCUUUUAGUUAGUAGCUAUAUGCUAGCUGUAGAACUAAAAUGGAAUACAGCAUGAGGGCAUAAUACAUUUUCUUACUAUCCAAUACACUUUAUUGGAAUGGCAUAACUCGGCAUCUCAUAGGUAGAGUGGCAUCUUGUGACUAGAAAUGCUAUUCUUGGCAAAUGCACAUCAGUUGUCUUUUGCACUUCAGCAAUGUUUUAAAUUGCCAUUCCGGUAAAAGGCAAAUUUCAUUACCCAUAAUACAGUCCACAGUACUUUACUGAGUAAAGUUUGGUAUAACUAUAUUGGAGUGAGGGAAAAGAUUGUAUUUUCUGUUACGGCUUGGUUGACAAUUUGCAGGCACUGUGCUUGUUCGUCUCUUGUUGCUUUUAAAGAAACUACUACAGUGGUGCCUCGCAAGACGAAAUUAAUCCGUUCCGUUUCGUCUUGCGAAGCAACCCUAUUAGCGGCUUAACGGAUUAGCGCUAUUAGCGGUUUAGCGGCUAUUAAAGGCUUAUCGGCUUAUCGGAUUAGCUGCUAAAAGGCUAUUAAAGGCUUAGCGGCUUAGAUAAAGGGGGGAAAAGCGGAAAAAAAAAUCUCAAGACUCGCAAGACAUUUUCGUCUUGCGAAGCAAGCCCAUAGGGAAAUUCGUCCUGCGAAGCAACUCAAAAACGGAAAACCCUUUCGUCUAGCAGGUUUUCCGUCUUGCGAGGCAUUCGUCUUGCGGGGCACCACUGUACUUCAGAAUGUACACCUACAAUGUGGUUUCCUCUAGCAGCCACAACAAAAUUUGUGCAAGUUUUAUUGGCAAGGAACCUGUUUCAGCAAAUGCAUUUCUUCAUGCAUACAUCUGGAGCAAAACAACAAGUAUUCUACAACAUACAGUAUUUUAAAACAUGAUUGUGUCUGAAAAUGCAGUGCAAGAGUCAUGCAUUCUGUCUUCACUUUUAUCUGUUCAUUCAGUGUACGGUUGUAUAAACAUGCUUCAGGGUGCAGAUAAAUAUGCAAGCCCUAUUGAAGUUUGAGAGAUGUGUUAGUGUGUAUGUAGUCUGCAAUUCUCUAGACGGUCUGUAUAAAUCCCUCAAGAAUCCUCAAGAAAGAGGGAUAUGAAGUUAAAUGUAUGUAAGCUGCAAGUCACCUGUACUGAAUUGUGGGGCGUUUAAGAUUUCUCGAUAGCAGUAUAAAAUCAAAGCUGAAAGCAAUUUCCAUUCUAAAAUUGACUGACACUUAUAGUAGUAUAGAACUAAAUAGAACUAUUUUUUCAAAACCUUAAAAUAAAUUAUCUUUCUUAUUUCCCCCCCAAUUGUGUAGGCAUUUUGUACCAAACAUCACUUUUGGCCACCCUGUUGUAGAGAGCCUUCGGAAGCAGCUGGGUCAGCAGCCCUUCUUUGGUAAGCUAUUUGUUUUUUAAAGAUGUUUGAAUGUCUGCCUCAAGAUUCUCAGAAGCAAAACUGGAGUUUCAUUUUACCUUCUUAGCAGCCAGCAUUGGCACUUUAUCAUGUACUAGAAGGCUUCAGCUAACAUGUCUCUCAUGAGUUACAUUAAAGGUAAAGGGACCCCCGACCAUUAGGUCCAGUCGUGGCCGACUCCGGGGUUGCACCUCAUCUCGCUUUACCGGCCGAGGGAGCCGGCGUACAGCUUCCGGGUCAUGUGGCCAGCAUGACUAAGCCGCUUCUCGCGAACCAGAGAAGCGCACGGAAACGCCGUUUACCUUCCCGUCGGAGCGGUACCUAUUUGAUAAUAAUUUUCUUGCUAAUGAUUCUGUGGUAUUUUGAAACAAAAACAGCCAACAAAUGUGAUGAGAUUUGUAGAAUCAGUGCACUUUAGUAAUUUCUUUUAGCCAGAACAUUAAACACUCUGGCAUCACACUGUCAUAUUCUGCAACACACAAGGAAUAGAAAUAAAUAUUUUUUAAAGUGCUCUUAGCCUACAUAUACAGGUAGCAACCAUUUUAGGCACGUCCAAUUGAUGCGCUAUCACCGUGUUUUGGAUCUGGUGGGGCCUGCUUAUAUACACUUCACAGACAUGCCAGGAACAGAACCCUGCACAAAAUGCUCUAAAGAAUGCUUGUUCUUUGCCCCUGCAUUGUUGGACUUUUAAACAAAUCAUUGAGAGCUGGCCACUGAAAAGCCUACAUUUUGAGAGGAGGGACCAUAGGUGGUUUCUGCUGCUUCCAACUCCAAGACGUUAUAGAAAGUAAGGCAUCUCUCUAGGUAGCCAUACACUGGCUUCCAACAAGAUUUGGGUGCAGUUUAAGUGCACGUGUUUUGCUGUAUACCGUAUUUUUCGCUCUAUAGGACGCACUUUUCCCCCUCCAAAAAUGAAGGGGAAAUGUGUGUGCGUCCUAUGGAGCGAGUGCAGGCUCGUCGGCUUCGCGGCGAGGUGCCUGACCUGGAAGCCGGAGGAGGAACAGAAGGGACUCCUUCUGUUCCUUCUCCAGCUUCGCUGAAGGGCGCUGCGCCUUCUCCCUCUCUGCGCAGCACCUCUCCUGUGAAGGUCUCCUGUUCCUUCUCCCGCUUCGCAGCGACGCGCCUUUCCAGCGAAGCCGGAGGAGGAACAGAAGGGUCUCCUUCUGUUCCUUCUCCAGCUUCGCUGAAGGGCGCUGCGCCUUCUCCCUCUCUGCGCAGAGAGAGAAGGCGCAGCGCCCCUUCAGCGACGCGCCUGUCCUGGCUUCUGCUUUAGCCCUGCGCAGCCUCUUCGGGCAGGGGGAGCCUUCAUCCCACUGCCCUGAAGAGGCUUGGCACGGUUAUCCCAGAAGCCAGAACAGCCACACGGUAUCCCAGAAGCCAGAUCCCUCUUGCUGUUCUGGCUUCUGGGGUUCAGAAUAAGUUUUUCUUGUUUUCCGCCUCCCAAAACUAGGUGCGCCCUAUGGUCCGGUGCGCCCUAUGGAGCGAAAAAUACGGUAAAUUGUGAGAGCAUGCUUGAGGUAGCGAUUCAGUAAAUGUGCUGUUUUCAUGUUUCUGAUCUACUUGGUUCUUUCUAGAUAUGCAUAUGAUGGUUGCUAAGCCAGAACAGUGGGUGAAGCCUAUGGCUGUAGCAGGUGCCAAUCAAUAUACCUUUCACAUAGAAGCUACCAACAAUCCAGGGGCACUCAUUAAGGACAUAAGAGAAAAUGGGAUGAAGGUGAGAAGUUUGGUGCGCUAAACAGUUUAACAGCUUCUGGGGCUACUUUGUAAGCGUUUCCUUAAACCACUGAAAGAUGAAGCACUUUGUCUGAAUUACAGCUGUAAGCAUACUUUACUCGUAAACAAAAAACACCCAACCCCUUUUAGUGUGUUUGGUUGGUUUUUUUGUUUUUGCAGCACCUUUUAAAAAAAAAAUGCCCUCAACAGAGCAUGCAUCUUCUGCUUUUUUGAGGCAUUGUUUGGGGCAUUUCUUCUAAUUUGGAAGGAGACAAAGCUGAGACCAUUCAUUCAUGUAUAUAUGUUGCAGGCAACCACCAGAAGAUAGCCAAUUCCAAUUUUUUAAUUGGGAGUGCUUGAGUGCUCCAUAGCUGAUGCAGAACUAGCUGAUCCCAGCCAAGUCUGAUUGGAAGGAGGCUUGGCAGAGCAGUGAGCCACACAUAGACAGAGUGAAGUCUCUUCCAUGGCUAUACACUUGGGCUAGUGAGAACAUUUAAUUAUCUGUUUUUCUUGUAGCAGGCUCAGAGUUCAUGCAACACGCAGUUUAGGAACUCCUGCCUUAGGUAGUAGACUGCAGCUAAUUUCUUAAGGGCAUGUGCAAUUCGGCAACUGCCUGUGUUUCUUGACAGUCUUGACAAUCUAAUUUAGAUUAUACUUGAGUUGAGUGCACUCAAGUAUAAUCUAAACUAUACUCCUGGAAAACAGCAAGCACAUUUCUCCUCAAAUGUCCAUACAGUUCAAGAAUUUUAUACUGCUCUCAUCAUCUUUGUGUGGUAAUGGUGGCACAAUUUUAACUGAAUUAUAUAUUUGGAAAGAGGCAUUGUAUAUUUGGAAAGAGAUCGCAAGAUACUAUUUAAUCACUGGAAAUGUAAAAUCAAUGCUUACAUUAGGUUUUGAAGAGCUUAAAAGGUAGGACCAUUAGGUCCAUUAGGUCCAGUUGUGACCGACUCUGGGGUUGCGGCGCUCAUCUCGCUUUAUUGGCCGAGGGAGCCGGCGUUUGUCCUCAGACAGCUUCCGGGUCAUGUGGCCAGCAUGACUAAGCCGCUUCUGACGAACCAGAGCAGCGCACGGAAACAACUUUUAUUCAUAUGCCGAUAUGGCAGAAAAAUGAACUUAUGAAGACAACACUGGGUACUGAUCUCCUUUGCCCAGGAGGAAAUGUUCACAGUUGAGUUAGUGGGAAUCAUGUCAUAGCUUUCUUUUGUAAAAGUGAUUUACUGCUAAUCCAAGAUGUAGGUUCAGUUAAUAUAUAACAAUCUAUUGUGUUUCCAUAGGUUGGUUUGGCUAUCAAGCCAGGAACUACAGUAGAAUAUUUAGCACCAUGGGCCAAUCAGAUAGACAUGGCCUUAGUUAUGACUGUGGAACCUGGAUUUGGUGGACAGAAGUUCAUGGAAGAUAUGAUGCCAAAGGUAGAUUUGGAUAUUAAUUAUUUUGAGUACAGCAGCUGUGAAUAUAGUAGGAUUAUGGAGAAUGUUUUCAUAGUAGAGUGCUGUUAUUCUAAGGAUUGAUGCCUAGUUUUUGCACACAUGGAGGGAGACCAGAGAUUACAGCUCCUGUGACUUGGUAAUAAUGUUAUUUCUGUGAACUAGGUUCAUUGGCUGAGAACACAGUUUCCUUCCUUGGAUAUUGAAGUGGAUGGUGGUGUAGGGCCAGAUACCAUUCAUAAAUGUGCAGAGGUAAGACUAGCAGCUUUCAGAAACAGAAUAGUUGAAUAUUCUUGCACCUUUGAGAAAUUCUGAAUGCCCUUUCUCUACUGAUGAGCAGCAAGGAGAAUAUAAAGUUAGAAUGGCAGAUCUGACAAGUUGCUUUUAAUUUCUUAUUGGAAUGUACUAGGGCUGCUCACAGCCUGUCACCGUGACCCAUGGGGGGCAUCAGGUUGACAUAGGAACCACCCCAAUAUGGGGCAGGGCUUGUUUCAUUAGCAUUUUCAAAUCCUAAUUGAACAUAUAGCCAGGAGAGGGGUGGGGGAAGAAGACCUUUUCCUCCCUGAGACCAGAGGUGGUGCCCCUUGCAGGACUGCUCCCUCUGCUCUACAGCUGUGAUGGGGGGGGGAGCUUCAGCCAGGCAGGAAGUUUUUCCCACCCUGCUUGCUUCCUGCUUGGUGCCCCACAACCAUUGCUCACUCUGAACCAUCCAGUCCAACUUGUUGCAAUCCAAGGUUACCUCCAAAUAGGCCGAAUUUGUCUUGAGCACAGCCCUAGAAUGUAUUUCCUUUACAUCAUCUCAUGAAUAUAAACAUGCAGUAAGUUCUUCUUUUAAAAUAUAACUGGCUUUUUCCUCUUUGCAGGCUGGAGCAAAUAUGAUUGUGUCUGGGAGUGCUAUAAUGAAGAGUGAUGAUCCCAGAGCGGUGAUUAAUCUCCUGAGGAACGUAUGUUGUGAAGCUGCUCAAAAGCGUUCCCUUGACCGAUGAAAUCAGGUUGCGACUUGGGAGGGCUGCUUUCUUGUAUAUGUGUGGGUGGGAUGUUGUGGAAUUAUGGUGCUGCUAAAGGAAAACUGCAGGUUUUCCUGUGCUGCAGAGAAUAUCAUCUUGGCAGCUUGGAAGUAUAUUGGUCCAGUGCUAUCCUUUGAUUUCAGAAAACUUUGUAAUAUGCAUUACAAAAUCAGGGUGCCUCUUGCUUGAAGAUUGUAUGUGUCAGCUUGCAAUCUAAGACAAAUGUAUUUUGUUCUACAUUCAACACAGAUUUGUUCAUUCCUUAACAACUUAAAUGUUUUGAAAAUAAACACUGAUAAACCAGAGUAACUGAUCUUGAUAACUAGUUUUUGGUCCAGUUCACUUAGUAAGGUAAAUGUAAAGGGACCCCUGACCAUUAGGUCCAGUCGUGACUGACUCUGGGGUUCCGGCGCUCAUCUCGCUUUAUUGGCCAGGGGAACCAGCAUACAGCUUCUGGGUCAUGUGGCCAGCAGGACUAAGCCACUUCUGGUGCACGGAAAUGCCGUUUACUUUCCCGCCGGAGCGGUACCUAUUUAUCUGCUUGCACUCUGACGUGCUUUCGAACUGCCAGGUUGGCAGGAGCUGGGACUGGGCAACGGGAGCUCACCCCGUCACUGGGAUUCGAACCGCCGACCUUCUGAUCGGCAAGUCCUAGGCUCUGUGGUUUAACCCACAGCGCCACCCACGUCCCACUUAAAGCUCUGUAAAUUUAAGGAUACAAAAUGAAGGGAAGGGGAGAUGCAGAAGCAGGAAGUCUGCUUGAAAAAAAUCUAUAUAGGAAAACAAGAACUUGCAAAAUACAGGGAUUUCUGAAUACAAGCAUAUGAAAAAGUAAUCAGUAUUGCUCUAAAAUCUUGCUCUAACACCUGUUAAACUGAAAAAAUAUUACAAUAUAAGAAUCUCUAAGAAGGUGAUAGGGUCACCAAUUACUGACUCCCAAGUUAAUCCUCUACAAAUCUGAAACACUGAAGGGAGGGUGUAAAAUAAUACUUUCGGGGACAGGUACAGUAGCUGUAUGCAAAGGUAAACAGGUGAAUUAUGUUAUGGCAUCCAGUAUUUUACAAUAAAUACAGAAUGUGCUAGAUAUACAGCCAUUUUAGUUGUGACCAAUUGGAUAAAUGGAAGUCGCACACAACGAACUAAUUUGUAAGAAGAGUUCUUUGAGAGCUGUAGUAUGUCUUUCAAAAUAUUAUAGCCAGAGAAACUUGACCAGUACAGUAAAGAGUUAAGAGUGGUUGCAGAUCAGCUCUCCAUUUAUUAUAGGGAGAAAAUGAAGUUGGAUUUAAGAGUGAACCAAAUAAAUUUAUUUCAUUUAAAUACACACCCUUUGCUACUCGUGCUAUUUUGGUCACAUUUAAGAACAGAGUUCUGGCCAGCUCCUAAGUGCACUAUUUUCAUGACAGUGUUGCAUAUAAGGCAUUAGAAAAGAUUUGGGAGACAGAUGCUAUGCCCAGGAAGAGUCAACUCUGCUGUUGGCUAGCAGGAGGACAGGUUCAAACACAUGGUAUACAGAUUCUAAGGAUACUCUAAUCAGGCUGGGUCUGGGUGUGUGUGUGGUAAGAGUAAAGACAAGCUGGCUAAUUUAUUCUCUAGGGUGCUGUCUAUAUACAUUAUUUCAAUUAUCUUGCAGGAAUCAUAUUGCUUAAAAAGUUUUGAAGGGCAAACUAAGUAAGAACUGCCACUCUUUAGUCAUGGCGCUGCAGUUUCUCUCAAACUGCUACCCAGGCCUGGAAAAAAAUCAGAAGAGAUAGAAGAGGGAAAGACUAGCCAGCUCAUCAUCCAUUAUACAAAUAUCUGGUGACAAGCCAACAAUGUCAUGCCAUAAUCAUGAUUUGUGAUAUUACAUACAAAAUCUGAGCUCCUAAAGGGGUACAUGGUUCAUCUUUCUGUUCAGCAUCUCAAUCUAUCAACAUCACACUGUAGUGUACAGAAAUAAUUUUUUAAUUUUAAAAACUUGCAUUUAAAAUAGUUGUGUCAGAGAUAAGAUUAAAAAUUUAAUUCAUUGGACAAAAAGUAUUUUUAAAAGUUAAAAACCAAAUUUGCAGUAAGCUCCAAUCUUAACAGUCUGUAGUGUAGAAAUGCAACUGAACAUUUUUACAAUAUCCAGUGUACUUCCAGUCCGGGGUGGGGAGGGGGGACUACAAUUGGACAUGGCAUUGAAGAAAAGCUUGCUUAACAAUUGGGCUUUUCUUAAAACCUUCAACAGUUCCUCACAGAAGAGCUAUUUGGUUUCACAGCAGCAUACAGUCAUAUUGCAUUAACAUCACUGAAUGUGAUGCUUUUCAACACUUAGGAUGCAGGUAACAUAUUGACAUUUAAUUAAAUGUUGUAGUUUUUUAGCUAAUGCAAAACAUGAAAUGGAUACUCAGAAAUCUGCUCAGGUGUAAUAUAAUAGUUUUUGUAGGCUAGGCAAAGUGUUUAAAAUAAGUUGUAAUAAAAAUGCUAAGUAGCUAAAGUAUAGUAUUUCUAAUUCUUAGUCCUUCCCUGGCACUCAAAAAUGAAACAUAUCCAUUGUGAAAUUCAGAAAAUCAAUUAUUUCAAUUGAUUUUUCUUCCCACAAAGAUUUUUGUCUUUCUAUAGUAAGAAUUGAGUAACCAUUCAUCACAUGUACAGUGCUUGAUGUAUCACUGGGCAAACCAGAUUCCUUAAGAGGACAGUAGACUUGUGAGCUCCUGCCACUUACAAAAACAACUUCUUGGGUAGCUUUUUCUGUGUUCAUUUGAAAUUGUUGCAUAGCUAUGGGGGAAAAACCUUAUUCUGCUGCACAGCAACCAUACGUACAUUUAAAAUAGGUCUUCCUUUCAGAUGUGUAGGCAAAGGUGGUUGCAGUUUAAGAACAUUCACUCUUUACAUCCCUUGGGCUCUUUAUCCUGCCUGUCAAAACUAUAAAAAAGACAGAAUCUGUGUUGUAAUUUAAAAUACUGUGAGUCAAAAGCUGUUAGCACUUUUAGGAGCAUUAAAAUAUUUUUACCUUACACAUUCUUUCACUUUGGUUAGCUUUCUUGAUAACCGCAUUACUUUCUGUCACCUCUGUUUUUUCAUGCUGCCAAUUCCCAAGUGAACUUGGUUGUACUCUUCCAGCUCAUUGGGAGAGCUUUUCUUUUGUGGCUGGUUAUUUGGUAAACUGAAGGCAGCAUGUGAGGUACAGUCAAAGUCACUGGGGAUGGCCGCAUCUGAAUUCUCUUGCUGAUCUGUUAUCUGAUCUUGGCAUAGUAAAGCACCUGCUUCUUCAACCUUUAGUGGAAAAGACCGACGUUCCCAAAGAACAGACUGAAAGGAAUGAAAGAGAGAGGAAGAGGUGAAUUCAACUGAAAAUAAGCAGUAGUGUUUUCUUAACAUUGUUUAUCCUCCACUUUAUGAACAGUCUGUAAUUAACAAAAAAAUAACGUUGAUGUUCUUCACAUAUUCUCUCUGUAGUACAAACAACCUUCCUGCCUGCUACCUCCCCAGAACGACAUUAUCUUGAUGAAGGUUAUGAAACCAAGAUCUAGUGCCUCUCUCUCUUGAGGCCUUUUGCAAUUCAAUCCCUGAAUUCUCAGAACAAAGCUUACUAUGUUUAAUGGGACUUACUUAAAGGAAAGUGCAUUUGAUUUCAGUCAUGCAGGGUAAUUCUAUACAUAUCUACUCAGAAGUAAGCCCCACUGGGCUAGAUUUGUAGUAUUACACCCCACAGUGAGUUCAGGACUGAGGUAAGGGAUGACCAGGGAUUUUCUAGCUCACAUUCUUAGUGACUGCUACAUAGCACAAUUAAAAACAGUAUAGUAUAGUCAACAAAAAAUAUUAGCUUUGUUAAAAAAAUUUUUUAAUAAAAAAACAAACCCACCACCACAAUGUGGACCUUUAAAUUAGUUUUACACUUUUAAUACAUAUAAUGCUAAAUAAUUUAAAGCAAAAAGGUUUAUAGAUAGCAGGUUUUGGUCCCUUCUGUCAGUGGGACUCAAGUCAACACACCCAGCUAUUACUAAAUAUAUAUAUUUUACCUUUGUUUUUUGGUUUCUUUCUGAAGACUGUGACUCCCUAAGGCAGAGAGAACUGUGGAUUUCUGAAGUAGCGUCAGCAAUGUUUUCAGAAAAAUCAGAUAUUAAGUCAGUGUUGCCUUGUUUUUCUUUCAGUGCUGGAUCUUGUCCGUCAGAACUUCUGCUAUAUGUUCUAUUAAUGAGACAAAGCUCCAGUUUUUUCCAAACAGAAACCAUCUAAUGGAAAAUAAGAUGCUGUCAUAUUUUAAGGGGGUAGAAUUAAAAUUUCUUAAUAUUUUGAAAGGAAAACCCAAAAAUUGAAUGCAGAAUGUAUACAAGCAAUUCCCUAUUUAUGUGGAUGUUACAUUCCAAGGCACCAUACAUUUAUGGUAAGUGAAAUCACAUAUAUGGGGAAGACCACUGAAAAAGCCUGCAAACCACCUCUAAACCUCCGGAAACCCUUGAAAAACCCUUGAAAAGCCCUUUAAAAAAACAAAACUCCACCACAAUCGCUCCCUCCAAACCUCCUUGCUCAGACUCCCAACUUUCCACAGGCCUGAGGUUGGUGCAAAGGCUCAUGGAUUUGCACUUGCAAAGGCUUGUAGGAUUGCUAGGCAUUAUUUUCGUUUUUGCACUCUUUUGGGGCAAUUUUUGCAGGGUUUGCAGCGAUGUGUACAAUCAUGCAUGCCUUGAAUGUGCAUAAAUGGAAAGUUGCCUGUAUAAGAAAUCUUGCAUUUAAGAGUAGCAAAGUGUAGGACCCUCCUGUGGUGCUGUCUUACCACAUCCUUUUCUAUAAUCUUUACUGGGACAGGGCAUUAAACAGCAUUUAAUAAACACUUUCCUUAGUUAUUCAAAGUUGUGCGUGAAACAUGCAAUAUAUUUUAGUGAAAUUUUAAUAUCGCUAUUUGAGCAAUAAUAGUUCCAGAAAAAUAUCAUAAGUUUGGUUUCUUAGGAUAACUGGCUAUGAGGCUGCAAGUUCUUGGUAAAGGACCCCUGGACGGUUAAGUCCAGUCAAAGGUGACUAUGAACCACGGCACUUAUUUCGCUUCAGGCAGAGGGAGCCGGCAUUUGUCCAAAAACAACUUUCCAGAUCAUGUGGCCAACAUGACUAAACCAUUUCUCUUAUAUAGGUAUCAACCUGCCUGUUCCUUCUGGGCCAUUGACACUGUUGCCACAGCGACCACCGUGCUCUCUCUUUGUCUUCGUAGUUUGCAUGACGCGAAGCAUAGGCAUCAUCUGACAGAUCUUCUGCCUAAAUAUUAAAGUGCCCAGAUUAUAAACAUUGUUUAUAAGGGGAAGAGGGGAAAUGAUGUAUCAACUGUCGUGAUGCUGGAUCUUGCCCAGAGUCUUGUGGCACCUUAAAGCCUAGCAAAAAUUAUUGUAGCAUAAGCUUUUGUGGAAAAACCAAAAGGAAAUCAAACCAAUCAACAAAAACUGCAAAAAAGCAACCUAGAUGUAUGUCUAUAAAACACAUUUUAUAGCUAUACAAAUUUAAAACUUGACAUAUCUCUAGAACAUACAUUAAUUUUUUGGUAAGAAUAAAACACCAAUGUUUCAACCGUAAAAAGACACAAUUCUUUCACAGGUUAUUUUACUAUCCUGGGCAGAGUAGAGCGGAAGGCAGGGUAUUACUUUAAAAUGUUUAUACAGUAUGUGAAACUGAUACUGGUCAAUUUCUGGUCAGAAUGUGUAUUUUAGUGCUACAUGAAGCUGUUUAUACAGGCAACUCCCGGUUUAGGUGCGUUAGAUGCGCAAUUGCCCCAAACCUGAAGUAGCCCCAAUACAUCAUAAAUACGUCAUGAAAAGGGGCAGAGCUGGGUGGAGCAGGCUUAUUUCAUCAGAGGUAUGAAAUAUACUCGCAGGCUGACAUACACCUAGGUCGGGGUGCUGUUGGGAGAAAUCGGGUUGGGGGGAAACAAAAAGCAUAAAGAGCAGUGAUAGCUAUGUAAAACCAAACUUAAAAGUAAAUGAUUUAGGUAACCAGAGUUCUUGCCUGUGCCUACUGUAGGGUUGUUCAAUGCACUGUGUAUAGGACUUGCAGGACCUGCACCUCCCUGGCAUCCGUGAAUAUAUAAAUCUAGGUUUGUGCUGUCCGUGUGCAGCUCUAUUAUGAUUUAUUAAAUGUGUAUACUCUACUUUUUGCGUUGCCAGAUUGUGAAAUAUGGUAGUGUAUGUGAUAUAGCAGCCCUGUCAAAAUAGAUGUCAUUCAUUAAAUUACUAUUUUCAGCUGAAGGAGGAACAUGAUAACCCUGCAGGACAGGCAAGCAAAUUUUGAGAAAUGGGUGACAGCUUGCUUGAUUUUGACUAAGUUUCCCCUCUGAAAGACUGAAGCAGGAACAUAUGUUCUCCAAUAACCCAUAAAAAAACUUGUUCAGCAAAGAUAUUUCAGCCAGAAUUUAACAGUAGAUGUUGCAAGUGAAAAUGGCUUUGGGGUCAUUCAAGGUGUACUUCUGCACAAGGUUGAUGUAACUUAUUUUUCUGAACUUUCAAGCACUAGUUAGCCAAUACCUUAAGAAAACAUUCAUACAAUAUUUCUGAUCUUAUUGUUUCCUUUCCUCGCUUGUACAAUUCAUAAACAUGCAAGUGUGUGUCAAGGAUACUGUUUAUUUUGGGAGGGAAAAUAGUUUCCCGCUCUAAGAGCUCUACAAAACUACUGGAUAAAACAAAAGCAAUGUUAUAAAUUAUCAGAUGGAUGGAAACACAACCAACCUUUUCUUCUUCUUCAUGCAGGCUUCCCAAAGGCUCGAGGUUAACAGUUCUCCAGCUGUUGAUGAAAAAGAUUCCUCAAUGCACAAUUCAUCUCUGUCACAUUGUGAAAAAUCAUUUUGCAUAGUAAACACUACAAAUACACUAAUUCAACAAAUGAAAUAAUUGAAUUUCUGUGUAUGGUUAGUGCUUGUCUAGUUUAAAUCCAUUGACUAUAAGCUGAUAAGAACUUCUCACUGGACCCUCUCUACCCACUAAUUUGCUCAUCUGCCUCCUCUAAGUACUAUAAAGUUGGUUGCUUUAUGGGCAAAGUGAGCUGCAAUUAGUUAACUAAAUCUGACAGUAAAAACUCACUGGUGUAUACUUGAAAAGCAGAGAAAUGCACAAAUUUAAUCUAGGAUUGACAUGUACCCAUGAAUGAUGAUGAUUUUCAACGAAUUCUGGACACUGACCAAAGCAACUUAAUCUAAACACAUUUGAAGAAGCCUCAUACGAUGCAAAAUCAAGACUCUUUGCUUUCACUGCUUAAAGAGCUUUUGAUAUCAGUGACGCAAUUAAUUUAUCUGGCUCAGCACGAGACUUUAAAAUAUUUGUCCUCUGUUCUAAUGGCAAAUAGCAUGCUUUCAUGGGGUGGAUAAAGCCUUUUGAACCCUACCUUCCAGUUUUUUAAUACUGCUUUUCACACCUGUUUGCAGGCAUAAUUUCCUACUGAUGCUUUGGCAUCAUUUUUAAUGUAACAGACUAAAACAAAAACAGGACAGCUCCUCAUUGACUACAGUCCUGUCCAGUCAGGAACCAUGACAGUGUUAUGGAACUAAUCAGGAUUUGGCUCUGCUGAAACCAGUUAAGGGCAAGCAAAUCCUGACUGCUUUCACAGAGAAAUCCUGAAACAGCUACAGUUCUAUCAGAAUGUUUUGAUGCAUUCUUGAAUGUGUAUUCCAGAACAUAACCCACUGGGAGGAAUAUAUAUGCUCAGACAUGUAUGCCAGCGUACACCUGGGCUGUUCUGAUGCAUUGUGGCAGUUUCAUUGCUGCAGAAGAAAGUGGCAAAAGAAAGCUGUCCUUUGCCCUUUUGAGUUACCUCCUCCCCACAUCAUCAAAAUAUGUGUUUUUCUAGAGAUAAGAAACAUUUGCAAUUUGGCCUCCUAGUCUGGCUCAAAUGUACUUUUAAGGUUGAGUAUGGCCCUAGCAAAAUAUAGCUUCACACUGUCUUAUGAAUGGACACAACUGUACCUUGGAGUGAGAAUUUCUUUAUACUGCAGUUUCUCCAGCUUGGACGGUGCCACGAGUGACAUAGGUAUAACAAUAUUAUCUAUAUCAUAGGAGCUCUCACUUCUCAGUCUACGUCUUGAAUUGAGCUGUGCAAAAAUCAUAACAUUAUACAUUGGAUGUCAUUAAAUGGACACUCAAAGUCAAAAGUAAACUUAAGUGCACAGAACUCGCUAGAAAACCAUCUUUAAUACUCAAAGCUGAUCAGAAAUUUUUGAAACUAUAUCCCAACAGAAAAAUGUCAGUACUAUAAACAAGCUCUGGUUUAAAACUAAUAUAUAAUCAUUAAUUCAUGAAAAUACAAACUGAUAUACUAAAUUAUCAAAGCCAGAGGUAAAAUGUUUUUUAUUGGCUUUGUUGUAAAUCCAUCAAGUGCCCUCCUGUGUGAGGAGUCUUAACUGCCAUCAAGUCUGCUUUUCAAGAGAAAAACUGUGUACCAGAGCUGCCAUUUCCUCCUUACCAGCUUUGCGCCUACAUCUGGUCUAGUGGAAAGAUUGAUUCAUGGGAAGGAUGGACAAGGACAAGACAGCCUGAAAUGUCACUGAUGUCAGCUGUAACUUUGAGAAUUAGUGCUGGAACUUGCUUCUUCCUCCUAGUCCCUUCCUCUUCUAUCAAGUCUUUUUAGCCUGUGAGCCUGAGGGCAACAACUGUCUUAGAGCUUGUUUUGAUAAGCCGCUCAGAGUUUUUUUUUACUAAAGGGCAAGGUCCUAACUCCUUUUUAAAGCACAACUUUUAUCCCUUAUAUUGUCCUUAAUAUCUCCAGUUAUGGUACAGAGUGUCUCUGGAAUACGUUCCUUUGCUACAUUCCUCAGGAGACAUGCUCCUACUGCUGACUUCAUAGCCAGUGCAGUGCAGGAAGCAAAAGGAUGGUGCUGAGACAGCAACAACCCUCAACUUGGCACCCUUUAGUUGUUAUCCAUCGGACUUCGCCAACAUGGCCUUCUCAUGUAUCAUGUAUCAUGGCUUUCAUGUGAACAGGGACCAUGCUGGAGCUGGAGCUGCUUGGGGGAACAUCUGUAUUGUUCUCCAGCUGCCAGGAUUUGCAUACUGAUUUAGCUGUUCAGAGAGUAAUUUAUACUAUGCAACACAUCUGACGCAGAUCAGCCCCUCUAGACCAGACUCACCCUACCUGACUCCUGAGACCCAGCCAAUAUGGUCAAUGGCCAGGAUGAUGGGAGCUCCAAUUAAAAAAAUAUAUGAAGGGCACCAGGUGGGAGAAGGUUGGUCUAGACUGCUAAUCUUCCAGUACAAUAAUUUUAGCAUACCUGUGUUGAUAUACUAUGACUUGAUCUAGACAUCAUGUCUCCAUUGGCUGCUCCUGUAAAAGGACUCUGGGAUUCUGGUUCUGCGUGUUGAAAGGAAAAUGCUUCACAUCUCUUACUACUUUCUCCUGCCACACAAAAGAAAGAAAAGGGGAAGAGUCCUUUAUCUUUCAGAAAGUUGUAUGUAAUGAACGAUAUUUCUGAACAACUACUACAAUUACGACUUAGCUGCUCCACAUGAUGUUAUAAUAAACGUAAAUGGAACAUAGCAAGAGGUGACAAUGAAACUGUUAAGAGAGUCUUAUCUGUAAAAAUGCAAACAUACGCCCACCUAUUGCUAUAUUCAAAGGAAGUUGAUAAAAGUUAUUCUCCACAGUACCACAUGGUUUCUACAGCUGGAAUGCAAUCCUCAAGAGUUUGACAAAACAUCCAUUUGAGGCUGUAAUCCUAUACACACUUCCCUCUGAGCAAGUCCGAGUGAACUUAAUGGGACUUACUUCUGAAUCGAGAUGUACAGGAUUGCACUGCAAACAGUUACUUUCUUCUUGUGGACAGAAGUGGACAGUAUGCCGGGGACUUGUCAUUUACCUGACCUCCUGAUAGCUUAGGCAACUUACCAAUCACUGUCUCACUUAAAUGUCUUUUCUUUCUUCCCUCUAGCAGGUGUUCAGAUGCUUCUGACACAGUCUGAUGUUUGAAACUGGAUUCAAAUCCACAGAUCCACUGUUGAGGAGGACCUUUAUAAUGAAAAUAUUCUACAACAAAAUAAACACUAUCUUACUAUUGUUCUCAGUU